GAGGGGAGGACAAGGGGUGGAGGAGAAGAAGGAGGAGGGGAUGGAGAGAGGAGGAGGGGAAAGGAGAGAGGACAAAAUAUUCAAAACAAAGGACGCUUUUGGACGACAGGAAAAGUUCUCGUAAACAUCCAGCUCUUACAAGGAUGGGCAGUCUUCCAAUCGCCCUGCUCCUCUGCGGUUUCCACGUCCUCACAGCUGUGGCCCAAGCCCCGCAGGCUGAGGUGGAACUCCACAGAGGUGACUGGAAUGAAGAGGAGGCUUUGGUGUCUGUCUCUACCCUACCACCUGACUGUAGGGAAGAGACGUACCCCUGUACCAGGAUGUACUCUGUCCACCGGCCCAUCAAGAGAUGCAUCCACUCCCUCUGCCUUUACAGCCUCCCUCGUGUCUAUGUGAUCAACAAGGAGAUAUGUGUUCGAACUGUCUGCCAACAGGAUGAGUACCUGAAGGCUGAGCUCUGCAGGGAGCGGUCCGGCUGGCCCAAACGCUUCCAGAGGUCAACCACCAAUAAGAAACGCUGUCGCAAUCGCCAUGGCAACCCCAAAACCUGGGAAAACAAGGCCUGAUGGGCCCAAGAUGGCGGAGAUGGAAGGAGGGGCGGAGGAAGAAGGGAGGAAGGAGAGAAGGAGUAGGAGGGAGGAAGGAGAGACAGAGUAGGAGGGAGGACACCCUUGGAGACAGAACACUGGGUUGUCUCCAUAAAAACACCCCAAAACAUCAUAAAUCCACCGCUCAACACCUGGUGCUAGCCAGCCAGACACACACACACAACCAGACACACACAAACAAACAACAUAUAUAACACAGUCCAUGUAACUCCAGUUAAGAACAGUCUGAGUCAUAUUUCUCAGUCUGUGUUUUAUUAGAACUGUCUGUGAAUAUCAGGGGAGAAAUCACUCCCCACAGAUUGGACCUGUGUUUUAAUUGACACGGAUCAUGUUCUGUGCCGUUGCGGGCUGUAUCAUACUGUUCAGAUGGAACGCUGUUGAGUUCCUGUAGUUGUGUACUGAAGAGACAGUCUGAGAACAAAGUAUCCACUCUGUCAUUGCUGACACCUUAUUGUAAAGCACUCUAUCACAAUCCAAUACCAAAGCAGUGCAAUACUACAAUACAGUGCAAUACUACCCAAUAAAAUGUCAUUCAUUGGUU